GCCAAGGCUGGAGCUAGCCGGACGGGUCGCUCCUGCUCUCCGGGGAGAGGAUCUGCCGGGUCCCGAAGAAGGGGCGAGUCCCGCGCGCUCCGGAGAGACGGUCGGGAACCCACCAGCCCACCGAGGGCUGGGAACCCGGCUCCCCUCCUUUCCACCUCUGGAGAAAGGGCGGGAGGGAAGGAGGGGAGGGGAAGGUCCCUCGGAGGAGACCGAAUGGCCGGACGCAAGGGGCUCAGGCGCUGCUUCUCCCGGGAGCUACCUCCAUGCCUGUGGCUGCGGCGAGGGCUGCUCUGAGCCCCGGCUCCCCGCUUCCCGGUGCCAGCUAGCACGGUCCCCGCGGGGCCCCGGCAGCAGCGCCGACAUGUCGUCCGGCACAAUGAAGUUCAAUGGCUAUCUGAGGGUCCGCAUCGGAGAGGCUGUGGGGCUGCAGCCCACCCGCUGGUCUCUGCGGCACUCGCUCUUCAAAAAGGGCCACCAGCUGCUGGACCCCUACCUGACGGUGAGCGUGGACCAGGUGCGCGUGGGCCAGACCAGCACCAAGCAGAAGACCAACAAACCCACCUACAACGAGGAGUUCUGCGCCAAUGUCACCGACGGCGGUCACCUGGAGCUAGCCGUCUUCCACGAAACACCCCUGGGAUACGACCACUUUGUGGCCAACUGCACGCUGCAGUUCCAGGAGCUGUUGCGCACGGCGGGCGCCUCGGACACCUUCGAGGGCUGGGUGGACCUGGAGCCUGAAGGGAAAGUGUUUGUGGUAAUAACCCUCACAGGGAGUUUCACUGAAGCCACCCUCCAGAGAGACCGCAUCUUCAAGCAUUUCACCAGGAAGCGCCAACGGGCUAUGCGAAGGCGCGUCCAUCAGGUCAAUGGACACAAGUUUAUGGCCACAUACCUGAGGCAGCCCACCUACUGUUCUCACUGCCGGGAGUUCAUCUGGGGAGUGUUUGGGAAACAGGGCUAUCAAUGCCAAGUGUGCACCUGCGUCGUCCAUAAACGCUGCCAUCAUCUCAUUGUCACAGCCUGCACUUGCCAAAACAAUAUUAACAAAGUGGAUGCCAAGAUUGCAGAGCAGCGCUUCGGAAUCAAUAUCCCACACAAGUUCAACAUUCACAACUACAAGGUGCCCACAUUCUGCGAUCACUGCGGCUCCUUGCUCUGGGGGAUAAUGCGACAAGGACUUCAGUGUAAAAUAUGUAAAAUGAAUGUACAUAUUCGAUGUCAGGCCAACGUGGCCCCAAACUGUGGGGUGAAUGCGGUGGAGCUUGCCAAGACCCUGGCAGGAAUGGGUCUCCAACCUGGAAAUAUUUCUCCAACCUCGAAACUCAUUUCCAGAUCAACGUUAAGGCGGCAGGGAAAGGAGGGUUCCAAAGAAGGAAAUGGGAUCGGUGUCAAUUCUUCUAGCAGAUUCGGCAUUGACAACUUCGAAUUCAUCCGGGUGCUGGGGAAGGGGAGUUUUGGGAAGGUGAUGCUAGCCAGGAUAAAGGAAACAGGAGACCUGUACGCCGUGAAGGUGCUGAAGAAGGAUGUGAUCCUGCAGGAUGACGAUGUGGAAUGCACCAUGACGGAGAAGAGGAUCCUGUCCUUGGCCCGCAACCACCCCUUCCUCACACAGCUAUUCUGCUGCUUUCAGACUCCUGACCGUCUGUUCUUUGUCAUGGAGUUUGUGAACGGAGGUGACCUGAUGUUCCACAUUCAAAAGUCCCGUCGUUUUGACGAAGCCCGAGCUCGUUUCUACGCCGCGGAGAUCAUUUCUGCACUCAUGUUCCUACACGAGAAAGGCAUCAUCUACCGGGACUUGAAACUGGACAAUGUGCUAUUGGACCACGAAGGUCACUGUAAGCUGGCUGACUUUGGGAUGUGCAAGGAGGGGAUUUGCAAUGGAGUCACCACAGCCACCUUCUGUGGCACACCCGACUAUAUUGCUCCAGAGAUCCUGCAGGAGAUGCUCUAUGGACCUGCAGUGGACUGGUGGGCCAUGGGUGUGCUGCUCUAUGAGAUGCUGUGCGGACACGCACCCUUUGAGGCGGAGAACGAAGAUGACCUCUUCGAGGCUAUCCUAAAUGAUGAAGUUGUCUACCCGACCUGGCUCCACGAAGAUGCCACAGGGAUCCUCAAAUCUUUCAUGACCAAGAACCCUACCAUGCGCUUGGGCAGCCUGGCUCAGGGAGGUGAACACGAGAUCUUGAGACAUCCUUUCUUCAAGGAAAUCGACUGGGCCCAAUUGAACCAUCGCCAACUGGAACCACCUUUCCGACCCAGAAUCAAAUCCCGAGAAGAUGUCAGCAAUUUUGACCCAGACUUCAUAAAAGAAGAGCCAGUUUUGACUCCGGUUGAUGAGGGACAUCUUCCUAUGAUUAACCAGGAUGAGUUCAGGAACUUUUCCUUUGUGUCUCCGGAACUGCAGCCGUAGCCUCUGGGGAGUGACAGUCACGGGGGAAUGUGGAUUUUUUUCCAGGAAUUUCUUUUGUGGGAAUUCCUCAGUAUCCGCCUUAGAAAUAGCACCAUCACCUUCAAGGAGCAAAUGUUCACAACUCCUCAAAGGGUGGAGCUUCAAGAGAGCCACUCUCUCAAGUCCCAAGGAGCCAUGGUACAUUUCUGUAAUUGAGACUGAGAUGUUACAGAGAUGUCACGGCUAUGUCAGGCUUGGGGUAAAUGACAGAAACCAAAAGGAGAGACGGUAGGAGGAAUAUAGUGGCUUCCGGAAAUUAUGAGCCUAACAGGCUAAGAGCCUAAGAGACCAGUCUAGAGUUUCUGUGAACCACCUUUCAUUCUUCUUUAAUCCAAUAUUGUGGUCUGCAAAAGACUACGUGCUAAUGAAGAACUGAGGGCUCUCUUUAGGGAAAUGAAUGACAUUCCAAGUAGACUGGCUUACUCUGAAGAAACAGAAGAUGGGUGUCCCUCAGGCUCCCAACCUAAAACCCAGUAUUGAGAAGGAGGUUGGACAUCAUGACAACUGUCCGUCUCUUCCUUUCAGUAACUAGCUAUUUAUUGAGUGUCACACAAGAAGGUGCCGUGAUCGCCCUUAGUGAGCAUGGCCGAGCCACCUCCAUGUUGCUCUCCUUCAUCCUGGGGUCCACCGAGUCGCGUGUGCACUCUGUGAAAGGCCUCUUCACAUGGCAUAGGCCUGGCGUCUUUGUCUGCACACGCUCUCUUGUUUAUAGAAAGGCCGCUGCCACAGAACCGUGGCCAGCAGACAGUGGGCUGUGGCGUGCCAGGAUCUGAUGGCACCCACCUCGUCCCAGGCUGACUUACCGUUCACGUCCGUGAGAACACACGUGUGGCUGAUCCGUUUGCAGUCUAUUUAAGUUAUGUUUUCAGAGACAAGGUUGUUUGAUACACACAUUAUCAGUUAAAAAUGGAUCUUGGAAACAAUGCCGGUGGCAAAGGCAUUUCAUGUGUAACCAUAUAUACAGUUGAAAGGUUUGAAUGGCUGGAAAUAAAGGCAUUUUGUAG